AUGGCAAAUCGGUUUUACUCUGGACGUGUAAUAACAAUGGGACCUGAUUUUUCCUGUGCAGAAUGGCUAAUGAAUGCGGGAGCCACCUCAAUUCUUUUAUCUGAUGGAACGAUUAUAAAAUCGCAAAAAGAAAUGAGGUUAUUUUUGAAGAAUCAUGGCUUUGACAUAAACAAUCUACAGAUGUUGGCCCCUGAAACCAAAAUUGUCGAGGAAUUUUACUCAAAAAAUAAACGUCAGUCCUCAAUCAACAAUGAUAUCAAAUAUGAUGAAAGAUGGAAACAUGUCUCACCUAUUCACAUUAAAGAGAUUGACGCAUCUGAUGCAGUAAUUACUGACAGAGGUUUCAAUUAUCUUCAAGAAUGCAAAUGCAUCGAGUCCUUAAAAUUAAACUUUAAUGAAUAUUUUGGCGAUGAAGGUCUUUUACAACUUUCAUGUGGACGAAUACCUAGAACAUUGCGUAACAUGGAAAUUUGUUUUAAUCCAGCGUUAACUGAACGUUCAGCUUUAAUAUUAUCCAAGUUUCGACAACUUAAACGUCUUCAUAUGUAUUUUCUUCCAAAUGUUAGCAAACGAGAAGCGAUGUUGCGACAAAUGAAAAUUUCACUUCCGCACUGUAAAAUAACAUUUCCUGAGCCUUUCUUUAUUGGAAUGGGUUAUGAAUCAGAAGAAGAGAGGGCUGCUUACAAAAGAAUUGAAAAACAGAAAAAGAUUAAUGAUCCAAAGAAAAAACGGUGGAGUGGAUCGUGA